AGACUGUACUUUCGUUAUUUUCUUUGGGGAGCAAAAAAGAAAUUUGCUCAUAAGUCAUAAUAUAAGAGGGCCGAUUCAUCAACUAUCACCCUUUCUCUCUUCUCUUCCUUUCUCUCUCUUCGAAAAUCAAAUCGGUGAAUUCGAAAAAUCAGCGAGGAGAGGGAAGAAAGUAAGAGAGAGAAUCGAAAGAGAGGAUCGACAGACAGACCAACUGCUGUCAUCAUCUGAGAUUUCUGUGGAAAAACACAAAAUUUAUUUAUCUUUUUUGGAGUGUCAAUUCAUCAAAGCUGCUUUUCUUCGGAAAUUAUUGACUUGAAGAUUUUAAGGGUUUCUGGAGGUUUAAUAAUUAAUGGCUGCUCCACCUGCGAGAGCUCGCGCUGAUUAUGAUUAUCUCAUUAAGCUUCUAUUGAUUGGCGAUAGUGGUGUGGGUAAGAGUUGCCUCCUCCUGCGGUUCUCUGAUGGUUCCUUCACAACUAGUUUUAUCACAACCAUAGGUAUUGAUUUUAAGAUUCGGACCAUAGAGCUUGAUAGCAAGAGGAUCAAACUUCAGAUAUGGGAUACUGCUGGUCAGGAACGGUUCAGGACUAUUACAACAGCAUACUAUCGUGGAGCUAUGGGUAUUCUGCUUGUGUAUGAUGUGACUGAUGAGUCAUCAUUUAACAACAUCAGAAACUGGAUUCGCAAUAUUGAACAACAUGCUUCUGAUAAUGUGAACAAGAUUCUGGUAGGGAACAAGGCUGAUAUGGAUGAGAGUAAAAGGGCUGUGCCGACAGCAAAGGGACAAGCUCUAGCUGAUGAAUACGGAAUUAAGUUCUUCGAAACUAGUGCAAAGACAAAUCUUAACGUGGAAGAGGUUUUCUUUUCCAUAGCGAGGGACAUUAAGCAAAGGCUUGCAGAUUCUGAUACCAGGCAAGAGCCCACACCAGCGAUUACUAUUAAAGCAGGUGACCAAUCAGGCAGUCAACCGGCUGCAAAAUCAGCCUGCUGCGGCUCUUAAGGAACCAACAAUUGAUUGGACCAGGCAAUGUCCGGAUGAAAAUCGUGUGGAAACAGAUAUAUCUGAUUGUGAUGACAAUGUGAUGAAUGCUUGUAAUAUUUGUUCCCAUCAUUCUUUCCUUGAAAUUGUUUGUGUGCGAAAGAUAGUGUUAUCAACUAGUAUUUUGUUCCUGUGAAUGACUGUUAUCCUUUGACUUAAUUACUUUCUCAUCAAGCCAAAGGUGCGACUCAAUGAUAGCUUUGCUAAUUGGUGUUUGUUUACAAACGUGUGAAUUUUCGACCCAUAAUCUGGAAUUUAGUGGGUCAUUAUUGGAAAUUUCCCCAUAAGUCA